UAUCGAAUUCUCGAUUCCGUUAUAUUUUCUGAGAAACUCGAUCCUUCCCAGUUCGAAGAAAGACGCAAAAAAUCUUCUGAACUGCAAUAUCCUGUCAUGCUUACUUUCACCAUAACGAUACAAGCUUUAAGGUAUUACCAAGUUUCAAAAACCUGAGCUUCAGCAAGACAACAGCUGGUCAUGACAACCAAAACUGAAAAUAACCAAUAGAGCACAUGUACAAUGUGUAUUGUACAUUCUUGUUGUUAUCUGUCAGCGGUCUCUUACAAUGACUUAUCUCUCCACUGUUGAUAAAAGAUAUCCCAAAUUUUACACCUGGAAAUUACGCAGCAAAAUAAAGGGGCAUAUUAUCGUCAGCAAAGUUAUGACGCUCUUUAGCACGACUUUCGUAAAUCUAGAUCCUGCGAAAGCCAGCUGGUAGAUUUUAUGGAUGAUUCAUCAACGACAUGAACAAUGGCACCCAGACAUUCCCGCCAUGAACCCCGCCAUGAACCCCUCCAUGAUCCAGUUUUUUCACUCCCUCCUUAUCCAAAAGCUGAGACACUAGGCCUAUAUGGUGUAAAUGACUCGAAUACCACCUGGAUUGAAGAAUCUUAUCAGAAAGGUUACAAUCUGUCCUUGUUGAAGGGGAAAAGUCGAGUAUGUGAAUGUCUUGUCAAGGAUUCCACAAGGUUCAGUUAUCGGCCCGACAUUUUUCUAUUGUUCUAAUUUUAUAUCAACAGUUGAUGAGAGAAAUAAUUUUAUUUAAUACAGUGUUCAUUUUUAACGAAUUUUAAUGAACAUCAAAUACAUGCACUUACAAUACUGGAUUGUUACAUCAUAUAUACACCGUAUCCUCGUAAAAAAUAUAUCGUAGGAAUAUCAAGGAUUGUAGAAAAAUGCACAUCUUUUCACCAAUUCACAAUUUUAAAUACAUUUGUACCUAAAACGGUGCUCCGUAUACAAGUCAUUAUCGAGAAAUAGUCACGAAUCUGGUAUUCUAUACAAGUUAUGAUUGUAUGAAGUGUCCCGUUUGUUAUAAACAAGACAAUAAAACAAUAUGUAUUGUAAUAAAGAUAUUUUAUAUGGCGCGAAACAUUACACCGAGUUUAUUCUCUAUAUAAUACAGAUAUAUGUCAUUUCCAUAUUAACCUUUUAUGCAUUUUACUGAGCAUAUUUCAUUGAUCGCCAUCGCUAUUUUCAACAGUAACAACAUACCUACUGUCGGUUUCCACGAUAUUUAUCACCGACAGUGUAUAUUGACUGGGAGACUGCUGUUUCUAAGAUGAACGCCUUUUAUAUGGAUCUUAUAGGACUGUAUCAUUGGGUCUGCUUGAUUGUGAAAGUAAUGACCCGAUCAAAAAGUUUCCGAUGUACGGAAAGUGCAAGACAGCGCCAAGAAAGAGUCGACAAUCAGCUGCGGGGACUUCAGACGGGUGAUUUGAUCUGUAUCGAACAGACCCUCUUUGUACAUUUCACGGUUUAUAUGGGUGACGGUAUUAUUGCCGGAAAUCAAAAGUCGGGGAUACUAUACCAGAAUCUCUACGAAAAAGUAGGAAAGAAUGAUUGCUACAUAUGCAAUUAUUUAGAUGGUAUGUAUAGUCAUUUUCAACCGGAAGUUAUAACUGACCAGGUCAAGCGAAUCGCCAAGGAAAAGGAAUUCCGUUAUAGUAUUUUCUUUUUUAACUGUGAACAUUUUGCUACGUUAUGUAGAUACGGGGUGGCAUUUUGUCGACAGCCGUGCUGGAUGAAUAUUUUUGUAACAUGUUAUUAUUUUAUCUGGGAUGUCAAAAAGACUAUUUCCAAGAUGGCGAAUAUCGCUAAGCAAGGCUUCAAUUGAACGUAAAUAAACGAGGAAUCUAUGCCUCUUUUAUUGUGA